AGUGAUCCAAAUCAACUAAUUGAAUCACUGUCCCUGAUUUGGGGCAAAUCCAAAUUGAAUAGGGUCCGCUUCGCACACCCUUAUCAAAUCCCAUCGCAACAUAUUGCUGGUGCACAGGGAGCCCGGGAUCAUGGUGCCCAGGAUCCCAGGCUCCCCCUGCACCAGCAAGUAACAAGCUUCACUCCCUGCAAACCUGCAACUGGAAGCCCUGCAUCAGCUGACAGAGGCUCCCAGCCAGGGGAGUGCACAUUUUUGUGGCUUAUUCCUCAUUUUAUCAGGCCAUUAAUUGAAUGAUCAUUUGUCUGCAUUACUAAAGACUUGAUUAACCACUUAAUCACAUCUUAAAUGUAACAUCUGUCAGGGGCCUGAGUAAAAAAUGUAAGAACUUUAAUCAAAAUAUUCUGCUUGAAUGCGAGUGUUAGAAUCAGAAGAAAAAAGUCAGUUUAGUAAAUGCCUUUUCAUUUAUUUCAGAGAAAGCAAAGUUAGCUUUUUUGAAAGGAAUGUCAGAUUGAUAUCUUUUGUGUAAAAACUGGUGAAAAGCAUUCCAGAUAAAAUGUUAAUCUACAUAGACAUGUUUAUGUAACAAGUAUUAAGAUGCAUAUUAAGUGAAAUAUGUUUGAAGAGGAAAGAUGUAUAUUAAGUGAAAUGUGUUUUCCCUUGGUAGUUAAUGGAGAUGUAGGAGAUCUGCAUUCCCUGUUUUUACCUACAGCAUUCCCACGGUAUAACUCUAUAUAAUGAUUUCAAAAAAAGUCCUGAGAGGAUAGAAAGCUCUGAUUAGAGACAAAUAACAGUUAAGCCAUGCUGCAGAGAAAAUGAUAAUGUAAAGACAGAAAGGAAGAGGCAUGUCCCAGCUUUGUCAGAAGAGUAUAAAAGCCCCAGAAACAUUUUAGGGGCCCCAAAACAUAUAUUGUCACUUACUACUAGACAAGAUCCAGUCCUUCUUACAACAAUCACACAUACAAAGAUAUUAGGGGUUGUGAAUUGGACACCAAGUCACUGAUAAGCAAAGCUCCAGGUUAGGUUGUACCUCAUCUCAGAUUAUUCAGGGGAAUGCCCCUGUUGCAGUAUGACCUAUGAAAUAUUUUACUCUGUACUGACAUCAACAGAAUUUGUUCCAUUUAUUGUUUGCUUUAUGACUGAAAUAUUGUGUAUUUUAUUACAAGUUAUGUUAAUAAUUCUGGGAGCAGAUAGAAACAGACAUUUGCCUGAAAAAAUAAUUAUUUGAAUAAGGAGCCUCAACGUUAUGACUCCAGCUAAAUAACCAGGACAAGGAGGGACGGUUGCCCUAAACCAACCCCAGCCCUAUUUACAGAAAUCCCUCUCUGCCUAUAACCAGAAGAAAAAUUCUGUCUGUAACUGGAAGCAAAACCAGCCUGUCUGAGUCAUCUCCAGUGACUAGCUUUAAGUACAGGGUGGAAGGGUGCUGGGGGAAGGAGGCCCAGAAGAGGAAGUGGCGUGACCGAGGCAAGUGGUGGACUCCUAUGCUUCUGGUCUGUGUCUCCUGGGUAAGCCACACUUGCUGCAGGGGGGUGAGCAAGGCAGGCUGGCCCUCCAACCCCGCAGUUCAGCAGGGCUCUGGGAUUUGUCUGGAGACCUCUUGGGGUUGCACUCAGAGGUUUUCAAGGCAGGCAGUUGACAGGGGUAGGCUGGAGGGCAGCCUUAUGGUUGCUUAGAGCUAGCAGGGCUGAUAGAGCCUUCAUCCAGGAGGGGGGUAAGGGCUGCAACUCCUGAUCUCACACAGAGCUUGUCUAGACUGAGGCAGCAGUGGUGGAUCCCAGCAUCCGGAGAGGGGAAUGGGAGCAGCCCCAACAGCCCUCGCUCCAGAGCUUUCAACAGCUCGGCAUGGCUGCUUCACCUCUGCACCUUCACGAGGCCUUUGUCUCCAGCGGGCCUGAGAGCAGGCGCUGGGGAAGAGCUCGGACAGGCCUCAGUGGCACAUCCUUGGUCUGGAGCAGGCCUACAGACUCAGACUGCUGCAGCUGAUUUAUUUCCUGUACACAUACUCUUUCUGGUAGUCAUUUCAAGAUAAAACCCAGCCUGAAAGCCUGCCAGACCAAACAUUGCCUUCAGAGUUAAGAGAACCUUAUAAAGCGAAAACAUUCAAGCUUUCGAAGCUGGAAGGACAGAGACAUCCAAGAAUCAUGGAAAUCAGACUUUUACUACAUGUGAUAGUAUUACUGGAUCUCUCCAUCUGCUGCUACUCGUAUCAGUCAGAUACUUUGCCUAGUAUUACAGAUUCACAGUUUAUUGAGGAGUGUGUGAAAGUUCAUAACAACUUCCGAGCCAGCGUGAAUCCUUCAGCAAGCAACAUGUUUCACAUGACUUGGGACCCAGAUCUGGCAAAAACCGCCAAGGCAUGGGCAAAGAAAUGCCUGUUUAAACACAAUAUCUAUCUCAAGAAAAAAGGACAGGCCCAUCCCACUUUUAAUCCAGUUGGAGAAAACUUGUGGACUGGCUCCCUUUCAUUAUUUUCUGCGACUGCGGCCGUCACCAGUUGGCAAAGUGAGGUCAAGUACUAUAAUUACGCCGCUAACACUUGCGGCAAAGUGUGUGACCAUUACACUCAGGUUGUUUGGGAUAACAGCUACAAAGUUGGCUGUGCUGUUCACUUUUGCCCUAAAGUAGAAGGUUUUGGAGGAACUAAUGCAGCACAUUUUAUUUGCAACUAUGGGCCAGCGGGGAAUUAUGGAAGAAAACCAUAUCAAACAGGAAGAGCUUGCAGUAACUGUCCUGGUGACAUAUGCUUAGACAACUUAUGUGAAAAUCCAGAGCGUAAGAAAAUCAUAUACAACUCUGGAUGGUAUCCAGAAUGGGACAAACCAGCAUGCGACCAGUACUGUAUCACCAUUCUAGUUUUAAGGCCAUCUCUACUAUUACUGGCAUGUGUAGCUGUCUGGCUUCUCAUGAAGCAAUAUCCCCAAAUCAUUGUAACUGAAUAAUACCCUCUUUGAAAAACUGGAAGAACAUAUAGUGCUAUUCUACCAUAUUUCCCCAUGUAGAACUCCUACCAUUGUCAGGGUAAAGUCCUAACAAGGAUCAGUAGAAGGAGGCCUACCAUAGAUAGGUAAAUAUCACCUUAAUCAGAAGUUAUCUGUGUGGAUAGAGGUGAAGGAUGACACCAAUUCACAGUUACAGGAUAGUCAAAGGUUGUCCAUUCACUCAUCUCUUACGUUUUCAUUUACAAGUGAGAACCUAUAUUUGUUCAGCCUAGCUGAUUUAUUAACACAGAACUAAGUUUUGCUCUUCUGAGUGAUGUAUCUGAAAAAUCUCUGUUGGACUGCUCACUUGAGUACAGCAGGUCUGGCCAGUUAGCUCUCACAUUUUUGGUGUUUACUGUUUUGGUGUUUUUAUUCUUUUAAUAGUGUGGUCGGAGAGUGAUGAGUCAAGUUCCCUACCAGGCAUCUCUCAGCAAGGGCUACCUAUUGCCUAUUAUCAGCCUGCCUUUGUUAAGGGGUAGACAGGUGGUUUCUACUGCAGACUGAAUAUAUUUAAAUACUUGUACAUUUUCUGGAAUAUGCAUUUGUUGCCAAAGCUAAUUUCAAAGAGUCAGAACUGUACAGCAAAGGGUUUAGAUUUUCCUCCCUUUUGGAUUGUGAGCUCUUUGGGACAGGGACUGUGUCUUCACAUAUAUGUAGGCAACAACUCAUAUCUUGGAGCACUACAACAAAACAAGCUUGAGCAUUAGACUUUAAACAUAAUUUUAGAACUCGUCAUAAUUCAGGGUUGAUUUACCACAUACAAAAUUUACCGGAUCUUACAAUCACUUAGGCCUGCAAGUAUUUGUGCUUACCUAAGUAGUUAUACUAUUGUAAGAAACUACUCACACCAUUAAGAAUUUGCAGGACAGGGCCUUAAAACAUCAGGUAAGAAGCCAGCUCAAAUAUGACCCUUAAAACUCAGGGCACCCUACCUCCUGUUUGACUUGAAGUAGGUUGUUCUGUAUUGUUUUCAGACAUUUCCAUGUUGUAAACAGGCAAAAAGUUAAAUAGAUUUCUUCUAUGAACAUGUUUAUGGC